AUGUCGACCAAGCCAACAAUCCUCUUAGUCCACGGCGGCUGGCAAUCCCCCUCCGUCUGGACGUUCGUGAUGCCGCUUCUCGAGAAGGCCGGCUACUCUGUCUAUCCAGUCCUGCUCAAGUCGCCAGGCAUGGCACCCGCCGCGCCCGACUUCUCCUGCGAUGUGGAUGCCAUCAGAAGCAGCGUCGAGGCUGUCCUGGAGUGUGGCAAGGAUGCUGUCGUGGUUAUGCACUCGUAUGCUGCGAUUGCCGGGUGCGAGGCGCUGAAGAUGUUCCAUGAUGAGAUGAAGGGUUAUGCCCAUGGCGGAGAUGGUGGUGAUGGCUGGGUUGCAUCUGACUCCAGUGCUGUGAAAAGGGAUCUUGACACAAAACAUGCACACAGGGGUGAUGGUGAUAGUGAUGCUGUCGUGCCUGCGAAGUACAUCUCACGCCGUGGCAGGAUUGUGCAUCUUGCAUUCAUUGUUGGGAUGGUUAUGCCGGUGGGGAAGGGUCUGUGGACACCUGAGCGCACAGAAUGGGAUGGCUUUGAAUUGAAGCGUUUUCUUUUCCCCACUCACCUACCCCGCCUACCGCCACUACCCUUGCUCAUAUCUCAUGUGCAAGCUCGACGGCGCGGUUCCCUUCAAGGUGCAGACGCGCAUGGCGUUUGGGGCGGGGAUUGCACGCGAACGGAUCGAAAUCUUGGAGGACGCGGGGCAUUCGCCGAUGAUCAGUCGGCCGGCGAAGGUGGCGGGGUUUAUUCGGCGGGCGGCGGGCGAGGGAGUCGCGGUUGUGGAGAGUCGACUAUGACUGGCCCUGAAUCAAACGAAGUAAUGCAUAAUUAG